UUUUCAGACUGGUGUAAUGGAUGAACAAUGGAUGAACAUAGCCUUCUCAUCAUUCUUCUUGCAGGACUGUGUGGACCAGCUUUUUGUUUCUACAGAGAAUAUUAUUUUGUUAACACCUCCCUGAGUUGGUGUGAUGCUCUGACUUAUUGCCAAAAUAAUUAUACUAACCUGGUUAGCAUUCAGAGCCAAAGCCAAUCCAAUCAGAUCCUAAGUCUGGCACAAAAUACAUUUAAGGAUGCAGCUUGGGUAGGACUUUCUCGCACUGACUCCCAGAACUGGCAGUGGUCUGAUGGCAGCAAUGUCACUUAUACCAACUGGGAAAGAGACCUGUUCUGUGCUGCAAUCAAUGUGGAUGGCACAUGGACUGAUUUUACGUGUUCUACUAACUUCUAUUUCAUUUGCUAUUUAGAUUCUAAUAACACCCAUAGGAUACUCUUUUUGGUGAAACAGUUAGUAACCUGGUAUGCUGCUCAGCAAUACUGCAGAAGCCAGUACACUGAUCUUGUGAGCAUAAGGAACCAAGCAGAGAAUGAAGUGGUAACCAACAAUGUACAGGGUUUCACUGUCUGGAUUGGCUUUUUUAACAACCCAUGGAAAUGGUCAGACGGUAGCAACGUAACAUUCUUUAACUGGAACGCUCAAGAGCCCAACGAUGUUGGAGGAAUUGAAUAUUGUGUUCAGCAACUUAAUUCUGGGAACUGGAAUGAUAUUACCUGCAAUAUGAAUACCCCAUUCGUCUGCUGUGAAGUUGCAACAGGAAGAACUAACUUAUCUGGGAGUUGCUCAUUUCAAAGCAGAAGCACAACAUGGCUAGAAGCGCAGAGUUUCUGUAGAAAAAACAACAUGGAUUUAGUCACCAUUCAAUCAAUGAGCGAAAUCCAACAACUUACAAAUGUAGUUCCCAGUGCUUCAUUUUUUCCAGUGUGGAUUGGUUUGUAUCGUGAAGGUCAAAAUUGGCAGUGGUCAAAUGGAGAUGCCGUUACCUACUACAACUGGAAAGCUGUCUACUAUUGUGGAGCCCUCAACUUUCAAGGAACUUGGAAUGAUAUAAAUUGUUCUGUUAAUAAAACCUUCUUCUGUUAUAAAGAUUAUCCUUUUCCACCUCCUUCAAAGGUCCCCCAAGGAAAUAAGACACUUAUGUUUGGGAUUAAGAUUGAAAAGCAAUACUUAGUUGAUCUGGAAGUCAGUGCCAUUAGGACUAACAUUUUAGAUCAGAUAUGGAGCAUCCUUGCUGUGCAAAUUCCAAUGGACACAAUGAAAAUGAAAUGGCAAGAAAGUGAAGGAAUCAUUUUUAACGAGCAUAAAGAGGAAAACGUGUGCAAUAAAAACUGAAACUAGAUUUAUUUUACUGAUUGAUUAGUUUGGAGUAGAUCUUC